UUAAAAAAAAAAGAAAAUGAAUCAAAAACUUGUCCUAGCUGUAUUUACAAUAUUUUUUAAAAUUGCUUUGGGAGAACACAAUCCUAAAAUUGUUACUGCAGGGAAUUCGGAGGAAUCAAGAGUUGCACUGACAACUGAAACUCAAAACGAAACAGUUGUUGCAACUUUUCAUCAAACUAACAAUCCAUACGGAAUCACAUGUAAAUAUGAUUUGAACCUUGAUUGGAUUUUGAAAAAUGAUACUUUGAAAACAAUAUGUUGCGAUGAAGUAUAUGAUAUAUUUAGAAUAUAUUGGAAUCAUUCUACAAUUAAGCUGGCUGAUCUUCUGCGUGCUCUUAAAACCUGGCAGUGUCCAAAAUUCGAGGAAGAGUGCACAAUGAGAUAUUUCGGUUUCAGCAAGUUCACGAAUCUAGUGUAUGACCGAUUUUGUGAUCCAAAUAAGUUUGUAUCUGAAUGCAAAGAAGACAUAAAAGAACUCAUAAAACAAGAUUCGGUUUUAUAUUCGAAUUUAAUAAAUGAAUCAGAGGGAUCAGGAAUGACUCCGCACAAUAACCAGAAUGACCUCACGAAUUACACAACAUUUGCGACACCAUCGGUAUACGAUAAUGCAUGGAUAAACCUUGUUCACUCUGAUCAUCUUGCUGACAAUUUACGUAUGGUUGACCAGAUGAAACCUUGUGUACAAGCAGCCCUUGUCAACGUUCAAGAGAUCUCAGUUGGGAAAUACUAUGAAAUAAAACAAAGCGAAUUAGCGUUUUGCGAUAUUUCUUGGUGUGCUUUCAGGGCUGAUACUUUUGAAACGGAAACAAUCACGGAUUCACUUUGCAUGCCUUCGAAAUGUGCAAUCAACAUGUAUAUUAUGAUGGUAGCGGGUGGACUUCUUGGAUUUAUUAUCGUUCUCGCCAACGGCACUGUUUUGCUGGUCUUUGGUAUGAAUCGACGCUUGAUGAAUAGCCAAGGGAUAUACAAAAUGUCUUUGGCAGCAGCCGAUUUACUAUGUGGAUUAUUCGUGUUUCCAGUAAUUAUUUGCACCAUGCGUAGAGGUUUCUUAUCACAAUAUGAAGUCAUCGAGUCCGAAGUUGUUGAAUACAGUUACGGGAGCGGAAGAAACGGAACUCGGUUAACCAUCGAUAAUUACAAUCAAAAGUUCUUCAAGUUUGGUGGAGUUUUCACUGCACUCUCUCUAUUCGUCUCGAUGUACACUCUUGUAAUCGCCAGCUUUGAUAGAUUCCUCGUUGUGCACCGCCCUCUUGAAUACAAUCAGUUUAGGGCUAGAUCAAUUGCAAAGAAAUGCGUCGCAGUUUUAUGGGUAAUCGGAGUCAUUUAUUCUAUUUUGCCUCUAUUUGUCGACGAUCUUUAUUACAUGAGAGUUGCAUCUAUACUUGUUUCAUUAGGAGGGGGAGAGGUAGCAUUGGUUUUGUACAUCAUAACAUUUGCAAUCCCUCUCUUUCUCGUAUGGUCAUUGAAUAUCGCAACCUUCACCUAUUCAAGAAGAAAUGCACAGGUUCGACCAAAAAUUAGGUUUUCUGAGACGACUGUACUAUCAGUGAAUUUGGAGGCACAGCUGGCUAAAACUUUAUCCAUUAUGGUUGGCGUAUUUUCGUUAUGCAUCGUUCCAGUUGCGACCGUGUUGGUGUCAGAGUUAUUUAUCACCGGAAUUCAUUAUGACGUACCUACAGAAUUUCACAUGCCAACGGCCGUACUUGUGUUGUCAUUAGAAGCUGUGUCAGCGUUCAUCUUAAUGUCGAAUAGUCUGUGGAACUUUUUUAUUUACAACGUGCGAAGUAUGGAGUUCAGAGCAUGCUUUCUGUCACUCAGUGGUUCAAUGAAAAGUGCUUGCUGUAGAGCACUAGUAUCAAGACACGAGCGCGGUUCGGCAUACUCUCACAAUGUGAGCUCGACAAAUAUGAACGGCACUAAUACCAAAAAGAAUUUAACCAUGUCGACAAGGGUACGAACUUUGCAACAUUCCGGACACCAUGCUUCAUAGUAAUUAUGCUUUUUAAAAUAUGUAAUCAAAAAAACUAAAGUAAUUCAACAAAUGAAAAACGUAUUGAAGUGAUCGAUUCUGCCUCAAUUAUGUGCACCAGAAAUUGAUUUCAUCAAAUGUAGAUAUUCUGUUCGGUGAUUCGAAGUAUCUCUUGGUAUGUAGGUCUGGAGACUGAAGCGAAUUCAUUCAACUUUAUGGAUCCUAGAAAACUACAUCAUUGAAACAUAAGUACAAACAUUGUAUUCGAAAAUAAAUGAACUUGUACAAAAUAAUAUAUUUGGCAAUUCUACGUUGUUGUAUCCUAGUUGAGAAUUUGAAUCUCCCCUGAAAGUCCCAAGUGUACAUUAGGAUCGUUUUGCGAGUUACUGUUCUAGUUGUCCGCCGAUAAUUUUAACAACUCAAUGCUGUCAGGCCUUACGGUAUUGAUU